AGGAGGAAAAGCUGUGUGGCCCGAGGUCGCCGUGGCCCCAGGGGUGGUGGGCUCCGGGUGGGCUCUUCUCAUCCUGCCCCGUCUGCGAUGCAUCCGCGGCGCCCGGACGGAUUCGAUGGCUUGGGCUAUCGGAGUGGUGCCCGGGAUGAGCAGGGCUUUGGCGACGCUUUCCCUGCAAGGUCCUUCAGCUCCGCGUCGGACCUGAGCCACUGGGUGACAACCCCCCCAGACAUCCCGGGUAGCCGCAACCUGCACUGGGGCGAGAAGAGCCCGCCCUACGGUGUGCCCGCCCCCUCCACCCCGCUCGAGGGCCCAGCAGAGGAACCCUUUCCCCGCGGCGGCGGCGGCGGCGGCGGCGGCGGCGUGCCCGGGCAGAGCAGCGAACAGCUGAAUAGAUUUGCUGGAUUUGGUAUUGGACUUGCAAGUCUUUUUACAGAAAAUGUACUGGCCCAUCCCUGCAUUGUUCUACGCCGCCAAUGUCAGGUUAAUUACCAUGCUCGGCAUUAUCAUCUCACUCCAUUUACAGUCAUCAAUAUUAUGUACAGCUUCAACAAAACUCAGGGACCAAGGGCUCUUUGGAAAGGAAUGGGAAGUACAUUUAUUGUUCAGGGAGUCACACUUGGAGCAGAGGGAAUAAUCAGUGAAUUCACACCUUUACCGAGGGAGAUUUCACAUAAAUGGAAUCCUAAACAAAUAGGAGAACACCUUCUACUGAAAUCCCUAACUUAUAUAGUGGCAAUGCCUUUUUAUUCAGCAAGUCUAAUCGAAACAGUACAGGAUCUGUUUGGCUGCUGUAUUAAAAAUAAACUGGACUGGGAAGGGGGCCAGAGGCAGGGAACUGGAUUAAGUGAGAUAAUUCGAGACAAUACUGGCAUUUUGGAAUGUAUUAAAGAAGGAAUUGGAAGAGUGAUAGGCUUGGGAGUGCCCCACAGCAAACGACUACUUCCGCUUCUUUCCUUGAUCUUCCCUACGGUGCUGCAUGGGGUUCUUCAUUACAUCAUCAGCUCAGUCAUUCAGAAGAUUGUCCUGCUAAUUCUAAAGAGAAAGACUUACAAUAGCCACCUAGCUGAGAGCACUAGCCCCGUGCAGAGUAUGUUGGAUGCUUAUUUUCCAGAGCUUAUUGCUAACUUUGCUGCCAGUCUUUGCUCUGAUGUUAUACUUUACCCAUUGGAAACAGUUUUGCACCGCCUUCACAUUCAAGGAACACGCACAAUAAUUGACAAUACAGACCUUGGCUAUGAAGUGCUUCCAAUUAAUACACAGUAUGAGGGAAUGAGAGACUGUAUCAAUACCAUAAGGCAGGAAGAAGGAAUGCUUGGUUUUUAUAAAGGGUUUGGUGCUGUCGUAAUACAGUACACGCUGCACGCAGCUGUUUUACAGAUUACCAAGAUUAUUUACUCUACUCUUCUUCAAAAUAGUGUUUGAGAUUUAGAUUCCUGGUUAGUCUGAAAGACAUCAUCUGGAUACUUCGUUAUGAAAUUAUGAGGGAUAAGAGUGAAAUACCGUUGGUGGGAAAUGGAUUAGAAAGUGAAACUGGUAGAAAAAGUCCAUGCUGAUUAUAUUGACUCUUCACUUUUUAAAAAGGUUAUUGGUAUAUAUUUUGGAUUCAAAGUAUUCCAAAUUUGAAAACUGAAUAAAGACACUCAUAUGAAUUAAAUUCUAGCUAGUGUAGCACUAAUGCUGAACUAAAAAUGAUCUCGGGAAGAAGCAAAGUUUUGUCAGCAAACUGAAAACAAAAUUUCAUAUGACUUUAAUGUUUAUUACAUGUUUAGUUCACCUUCUAGAUUGAUAUUGGUAUGUCAUUCUUAAUACAGUGUAUAGUAGCAGGAGGUCAUAGUUUACCUUUAAGCAAAUAAGUUAUGUUAUCAGUAACCCGGACAAGAAAGAUUAGAUCUGGCAAUCUGUAAACAGGAGCUGAGGGUUUUAAAUUGCACUGUCCUUGUAUAACUUUAAUGGCUGUACAUUUAUUCUAUAAAGCCACUUAUAUGCAUACAUACAACUUGGAAUUGCCUUCAUCCCUACAAAUUUUCCACUCUUAGAACAGCUUACUGUAUAAAAUGCAGUUAUGUAUUUUCUGCUUGAAUAUCAGAACAAAAUAUUAAAAGCCAAGGUACCCCAAAGAUUUAAGGCAAACAGCUUACUUGUCCAUAUGCAAACCCACCGUUUCAGUGCCAGCAACUUAGAAUUUGUCAUAUGUUUAUAAAGUUUGAUUUGCCUAUCUAGCCUUUUGAAUCAUCAGACUGUUUUUAGAACCACUCUUAACAGAGAUAGAAUAAUAAAAUAAUCAUGACAACUAUUCCUGCUUCCACAUUUACAAAUUGUGUACUAAAGUGAAUAUCACUUGCCAUUCGUUUCUGAAUGACUUGACUUAGAGGAGACACGAUUAAAAUUCACCUGGGAAUUUGUGCCUCUUGCCUUCCAUAUAGUCAUCAUUAAAUGAUGGCUUCAAUUUUUAUUUUCUUUUAGUUUUUGUUCAUAGUUUCAUUCUGCAAACUAGAUAUACAUAAAGGGAAAUGCAGGUUUAUCCUUAUGACCUUUUAUUGAAACUUGUUUGGAUGAAUACUGAUGAAAAAUAGAAACCUUGAAGUUUGUCCUUGCUUUUUAUGGGUGAUGAAAAGAGGUAAAUUUCAACAAAUAAUAAGCAAAAAAGUUGGUCAUCAGUUUAAUAAAAAAAUUCUGUCUGUUCCUAAAUUGAAUUUGGUGGGUGAGGCUCUUCAUAUAGUAAAAUGAUAUGCAUUUGAUUAAUCCAUCAUUAAAUGUUUUAAAGUUUCAUUUCCUCAUGUGAAUGAUCAGUUUUACUAGGAACCGUUUAGCACACUGAAGUACAGUGACUUUGCACUGAUGUUGUCCAGCCUAGAAUGCAGGUUCUAUUUUACUGAGAUCUAUUUUACUUACUAAAUGUCAGUGAAAUGGUUACUUUUUGUGAUUAAUAAUGUUGGAACCAAAAAUUGACAUCCAAAAAGUGUGAAACAAUACAUUUGUGGCAACUCUCUCUAC